UGCUAACUGGGACUAUUAUUUACGUUGUUGGGAUACUGGUAUUUUGUUCAGCUGUUUUGUUUACCAAACAGCGUAAUAACCAAUAACUGAGCAAAAUUGUGCAUAUGAUGAGCUUUAUACCAAACAUAGGGAUAUCGUAAUUUAUUAGUUCUAUUAGUGAACAGAAUAUAUAAUGACAUAAUCUGUGUCGGCAAACCUAACCAUGAUUGGUUUAAAACCAUUCUGGUUUUAAAGGUUUCCUGAUGAAACCUGUCUUGGUUGAAACUGAAGUUCGUAUGAUCAGUGUUGAAAAUACUUUUCAAUGUAGGCUUCAAGGGUCUGAAAGCCUACAUGAAAGUUUACAUCAAUAGGCCCUUAUGUCACGAUUGUAUCUGUUACUUGCAUGGAGUAAAUUUGCAACUCCAUGACUAGCCUCAAUAUUUUAUCUCUUUAAGCCAGACGAGAGCAUAUCUAUAGACUAAAAACGGCUUUGUGGAUAGACUAUGAAUUUUGUAUGUGUCGUAUGAGCCUUCGCCACUGAAAUCGUUUUCCAGCAGUGUCAUCCCUCCCUCUACCUCCCCUCUGCCCACACAUCACCAACUCCUUCUCUCCUUUUCCAUUUUCUCCCUGUUCACUCUGCUAACAUCAGCGCGCUGUUGUCUGUUUGGAAAUGACUGGGCCAAUGAAAAAGGAGUCAGUGAGACUGAAAAUGCAAAUUUUUUUUGCAGAGCUCUGCAGGAGGGAAGAAAACCACUAUUUUAUGAAACCGCAUCACUAAAAAUGCUAUUUGAUUACACUCGCGGGGAAAUUUGUUCAGAAGCGGCUGCGUGAAUAUUUACAGUAUAGUAGUCAACAUUUGCGCAUAUAUGUAAGCAAGACUGUAUGGCUUAAGACAUUCCGAAACCAGGGCUGGUUUAACCUAAUUUUUCAUAGAGCUAUUACAAGAAAGUUGAUGAAAAGAAGAAAAAAUGAGUUCAUAUUUCGUUAAUUCUCUCUUUAGCAAAUUCAAAGGAAGCGACGCCCUGCGUCCAAACUACUACGAGUGUUCUGGGUACACACAGGAGCUUGCAGGCAGACCGUCUGUGUUGUACGGACACAGCACAGCAUCUACAUUUCAACACACAGCCCAGCUUCCGGAGUUUUAUCACCACGGAGCCUCUACGUUCUCCCACGCACCGUACCAGCACAGCCAAUAUCACGGAGAGCCAGCAGCAAACCUUUUUGCACAGGACGCCUUACAGAGACAGACUUUUUUCGGCACACAAGAUACGGAUUUAGCCCAAUUUGGGGACUACAGUGUAAAAGCAAACUACAUCAGUGAUGAUUUGGAGAACGCAGAAACGUGCCCAACACAGCUUUUUCCAUGGAUGCGACCACAAGCUACCGGCCGAAGGCGGGGCAGACAGACGUACAGCCGCUACCAGACGCUCGAGCUGGAGAAGGAGUUCCUGUUUAAUCCGUACCUGAACCGCAAGCGGCGCGUGGAGGUGUCGCGAGCGCUCUGCCUGACCGAGCGCCAGGUGAAGAUCUGGUUUCAGAACCGGCGCAUGAAGUGGAAGAAAGAGAACAACAAGGACAAGUUCCCGAGCAGCAGGGCUGAGCAGGAGCAGAUUGAGAGGCAGAGAUGUGAAUGCGUCGAUGAUUCAGGAAAACGUACGUCAGAAGUGGCGGACUCCGAGGACGCGUAACUCCGUGAAUUACAGAUCGAGCUCCGAUUAGUUUCGUAACAUUUCUGUAGUCAGCUGAAAUGAUAUAAGAAUGUGAUGUAAGCACUUGAUCUCUUAUUAAGCCUUGUCUAACAAAACGAGGUACACCUUUAUCAUUGCCAGUAAUAGUAUUAUAAUAAAAAUAAAUAAAUAAAUAAAUAAUAACAAGAAAUAAUAAUAAUAAUAAUAAAAAUAAUAAUAAUAAUGAUUUUGUUAUUAAUAAUAGAUCAAUUAAAAUGUGGAUAUAUGCCUAUUUCAUUCAUCGUUCUUACCUCAGAAGUGCCAAGCGUUGAUAGUUGGCAGUUGUAUGUGUGUGUGUGUGUGUGUGUGUGUGUGUGUGUGUGUGUGUGUGUGUGUGUGUGUGUGUGUGUGUGUGUGUGUGUGUUCGCUCUCUGUGGUAUGGGGAAGUAAGCCCAUGUCUUACUACAGCUACCAUGAUCUCAGUUCCGUCUAUUAUGUCGAUUGUUACUAUAAAGAUUGUUCAAGAACUGCGCUGAUACCCGUUCAACUACUGCACGACUUUUACUUCAAAUUAACACUUCAAUUUAAUUUAUAUUAAUUUAUAUUAAUUGUAGCUAUUUUAUUGAAUAUAAUCAGGGGAUACAUGAGUGCAGUUACUGCAGUACUAUAGGCUACCUAAUACGCACUUGUGAUUACUGACUGAUGAGAAUAAUGAUUAAUCAGGCUUAUCAUAUGUCAUAAACACUACCUAUAAGUAACUCAGUUCACUGGAUCAGUCCAUUACAAGGCAAACGCAAUGCGUGACCUAGUUUAAAUAUUCCAUACCAUGCUGGAUAUUGUCCUACAUAUAAAUAUAUGCGAGAACACUUGAUUGUUGUCUUAUUGUCUUUUUUAUUGUUUGUGGUUGGAGUUGUUUGUGUAAAAAAAAGUACAAUAAAGAUUCCUUUAUGUUCACUGUUACCAUUUUUGUAAUAGCUUGCUCGU